AAAUUAGCACUAGUCAUCUAUGAGUGAUGCUUUCAUCAUUUGAAAAGAAAGCAUGUAUGAAAAAACAUGUUAGAUCAGUAUUUUCAAUAACAGGUCUCAACCCCAAGAACAAAAAUUGAAGUGAUGUUAUAUCCAAAAAUGAAACGAGCAAAUUUAGCCAAGGGAAAGAGGUUUCGCUGUAGAAUGUUUCUAAAAUGUUUCUGGCAAAAUUUUUGCCGUUUCUAAAUAGGUUCUAAACAGGCAGCAUCCCCUAUUUAAAAGUUUCACUCCUCCCCGCCACAUCUCGGAAAACCUAUCGGAGCACGAGUUCUUCCUUUCAACAACAAACUCAUAGGUUCACGAAACACCCAAGCUGUAGGAGCUCUAUGAUUGGCUAAGAAGUGAAUGACGUAAGGCUUCUCAAGCCCACUAAGAAUCGUCCGCCCCAAAACUGGCUCAGAGUCCACCUUCUGAUUGGUCCUUACGUCAAGAAGGCAGGGACAAUUGCUAAAGUUGACUUCUGGGAUCAAACCCCAGGAAAAGAUGGCGGCGACCAAGUGCUGGAGGUUUGUGCUCGGUAGUCCAGGGCUGUCAUUGCACACCGCGGCCGAGGCCGCCGUCACGGCUCCAGAAGUGACCGGCUCAGAUGUCAAGGCGGCCCCAGUCGCGCGCUACCCGCCGAUCGUGGCCUCCCUAACUGCCGACAGCAAGGCGGCACGGCAGCGGCGAGUGGAGCGAUGGCAGGCCACGGUGCACGCGGCCAAGUCGGUGGACGAGAAGCUGCGAAUUCUUACCAAGAUGCAGUUCAUGAAAUACGUAGUUUACCCACAGACCUUCGCCCUGAACGCUGACCGCUGGUACCAGAGCUUCACUAAGACCGUGUUCCUGUCGGGGCUACCGCCGCCGCCUGCCCAGCCAGAUCCGGCGCCCGCGCAGGUUGUGGACCUCGCUGCCCUUCGCGCCGCCGCCUGUGACUGCCUCCUGCAGGAGCACGUCUUUCUGCGGCGCAAGAAGCGUGCGCCCAUCUACCAGGAACGCUACACCGUCGCCUCACCCUUCUUGAACCAACUGGUAGCUUCCCUCACCGGCUUGCUCAGCGCUCACAAUCCCGUCCUGGCUGCCGCCGCCCUCGAUUGUAACCGCCCAGUUCACUUUUACUGGUUGAGAGGUGAAGAAAUUAUUCCUAGUGGUCAUCGGAAAGGUCGAGUUGAUGCUGUGCGAUACCAAAUAAAUGAUAAACCACACAACCAGAUUCGAAUAUCCAGACAACUCCCUGAGUUUGUGCCACUGGAUUAUUCUGUACCUGUAGAAGUCCCUGUUAAGAAUUGUAAGCCAGACAAACUCCCAUUAUUCAAACGGCAAUAUGAAAAUGCCAUCUUUAUUGGCACAAAGACAGCAGAUCCACUCUGUUACGGACAUACCCAGUUUCAUCUGCUACCUGACAAAUUAAAAAGGGAACGGCUUUUGAAACAAAACUGUGCUGAUCAGAUAGAAGUCAUUUUUAGAGCUAAUGCUAUUGCAAGCCUUUUUGCUUGGACUGGAGCACAGGCUAUGUAUCAAGGAUUCUGGAGUGAAGCAGAUGUUACUCGGCCUUUUGUCUCCCAGGGUGUGAUCACAGAUGGAAAAUACUUCUCCUUUUUCUGUUACCAGUUAAACACCUUAGCACUGACUGCACAAGCUGAUCAAGACAACCCUCGGAAAAAUAUAUGUUGGGGAACACAAAGUAAGCCUCUUUAUGAAACAAUCGAAGAUAAUGAUGUCAAAGGUUUUAAUGAUGACGUUUUACUUCAGUUAGUUCACUUUCUACUAAAUAGACCAGAAGAAGAGAAAGCACAGCUGUUGGAAAAUUAAGAAAAAACAUUUGCUUUGGGACUCUGGGAAUACUGAAAUUUCACUGAUGGAACAGUAAAAGGAAUUUUGGUAAUGAGACUUCUGUCAAAUAUUAAAUACAUUGAUUUUGAGACAAAUGUUUCUUUAUGUUAACCUGUGAUUAGACCUUUCAUUCUGCUCAAAAUGCAUCACUAAGAGAUUUAAUUUUAGAUACAGUAUGUUGAUUAAAAUAAUUUCAUUCAUAUGUGACUGAUGAGACCAAUUGAAUCAUCUUCAGUACUUGA